CGCACCUGCUCUCUUGCAGUUGCAACUCAAACAAUAAAAACGCCAUAUUUGACAACAUUCUUUCAGCAUUGGAUUCACAUCUUACCUCUUUUGGAUUGUUGGAUCGAAUUGCUGCACUUGUUUAUGGAAUUAGACCAAUACCAUUGGGGGGAAACCGUUCUAGAUUAGGAAAUUAAAAUCUUGAUCUGCGAUUGGUUUCUAUUAAGAUCCAAACCCCUGAAAUUUUGCUCUUUUUUUUUGUCGGGUUUUGUUAGUUAGUUUGAUUUCUACGCGAGAUGGGAAUGAAUAAGCGAGCUAAGAUAGACUCGCUGAUCUCACUGAGUCGACUCCGAUCGAUUCAAGUGUUCACAGGUUUGCUGUUUUUGUAUUUGAUUUUCAUUAGCUUUGAGAUUCCCAUGGUUUUGAGAGCUGGGUUAGGGUUGGAAUCCACAGAGGCAGAGUCUACUAUACCUAUUAUUUCACAUCCAAUAAUGAAAGCGGAAAAUGAUAAUCAGCUAUCACGAUCAAAAAAGAAUGAAACAUUGGUUUUUCGGGCGCAGGGGCGGGAAAUGGGCGGGUUUAAGAAUGUUUCGGGUAUGAAUUUCGAUGAAAAUGCGUUCAAUAGUGUGGGUAACGAUGAGUUUUCUGAGCUGCACAAAGUGGUUAGGGAUGCAUUUGCUCUAGGAAUGAAAUGGAUGGAGGAUUUAAAGUCAGGAAAAAUGCAGAGUGAGCUGCUAAAUCGGACGGCUCUGAAUAGAACAGAGGAGCCGUGUCCAAGUUCGGUGGUGUUGUCUGGGGACGAUUUGAUUGCGAGAGGGAAAAUAAUGGUGAUACCGUGUGGUUUGUCGUUGGGUUCCCACAUCACACUUGUUGGGACUCCACGGCAGGCCCACACUAGUAAGGAGUCGCAAGCGGGGAUUAGGAAGGAUGAUGGGAGGAGCAAGGUGGAAUCGCAGUUCCUAAUGGAGCUGCAGGGGUUGAGAGCUGUGGAUGGGGAGGCGCCACCUAGAAUACUGCAUUUCAAUCCCAGGUUAGAGGGGGAUUGGAGUGGGCAUCCCGUGAUUGAGCUAAAUACCUGUUAUAGGAUGCAAUGGGGGACUUCUCAGCGCUGUCAAGGGUGGAGGUCGAGGGCUGAUGAGGAAACUGUUGAUGGACAGGUGAAAUGUGAGAAAUGGAUCCGUGAUGAUAGUGGGUCUGAAGAAUCAAAGACCACAUGGUGGUUAAAAAGGCUGAUUGGGAGGACAAAGAAGGUCACUGUUGAUUGGCCUUUUCCUUUUGCACAAAACAAGUUGUUUGUACUUACACUUAUUACUGGUUUGGAAGGGUAUCACAUCAAUGUGGACGGGAGACAUAUUUUAUCCUUUCCAUAUCGCCCCGGUUUCACUCUUGAGGAUGCUACGGGGCUGUUUAUCAAUGGGGAUAUCGACGUUCAUUCUAUUGUUGCUGCUACUCUGCCUACUUCACACCCAAGUGCUGCACCCAGGGAGCAUCUGGAUAUGUCUGUGAAGUGGAAAGCCCCAAGCCUGCCUACUCAACCUGUAGAUCUCUUUAUCGGCAUCCUUUCUGCUGGCAAUCAUUUCGCUGAGCGGAUGGCUGUGAGAAAAUCUUGGAUGCAAUAUGAAUUAGUCAAAUCUGCAAAUGUUGUCACUCGCUUUUUUUUAGCAGUGCAUGGAAGAAAGGAAGUGAAUGUGGAGCUCAUGAAAGAAGCAGAUUAUUUUGGUGAUAUAGUCAUGGUUCCUUACAUGGACAAUUAUGAUCUCGUUGUACUGAAGACUAUUGCAAUUUGUGACUAUGGGGUUCACUCAGUGGCAGCUAAGUACAUUAUGAAAUGUGACGAUGAUACAUUCGUAAGGGUAGAUGCUGUUAUGAGGGAAGUAAACAAACAAAGUGGUAGAAGCUUCUACAUUGGAAAUAUCAACUACUACCACAACCCUCUACGGCAUGGUAAAUGGGCCGUCACUUAUGAGGAAUGGCCGGAAGAGGUGUAUCCGCCCUAUGCAAAUGGCCCUGGUUAUAUUCUGUCAUCUGACAUAGCAGAGUAUGUCGCAUCCAAGUUUAAGGAGCAUAAACUAAGGUUAUUCAAGAUGGAAGAUGUUAGCAUGGGAAUGUGGGUUGAAAAUUUCAACAGCUCGAGGCCGGUUGAGUAUGUGCACAGCUUGAAGUUCUGUCAAUUUGGAUGUGUUGAGGGUUAUUAUACUUCACACUACCAAUCUCCCAGACAGAUGGCCUGCUUAUGGGAAAAGUUGCAACUUCACGGGAUCCCCCGAUGCUGCAACAUCCGAUGACCCCCCCUUUGUGAUGAUGGAUGACUAUACGACAUUGUGACCUGUACAUAACCCAAGCCCUGAGCCUUGGGAUUGUUUCUGCUAAUUGUCAGUUCAUUCAUUUCCUGAUCCACCUUGUUUCAGGGCCCAUUUUUUGUAAUUGUUGUAGGACUAUGCAAAACUAAUAUCUACUGCGGUUGUAGACUUGUAGUUGAUAUCAGACAAUGUAACAUUAACAUCAGAAUUCUGAUGGACUUCGCCUCAUUCCACUUAUAGGCAUGUUUUAUUUUUCCA